AUGGCGGCGGCGUUGUUGCAGUACCAGGCAUGUCUGGGCAUUAUGGUCCGACUACAGGUGGAGGACUUGACUCUGCUUAAAGACGACUUCGAUCGGGCUGGUCGAGGACUUUCAUUGCGUGAAUUCGUGAACGUUAUGCUGGAUCGUGUUAGUUGGGAACCGGAGAGCGUUGUGAGCUUCAUUGAAGAUCUGAUUGAACUGUUCGCUCAAGUUGAUGUGAAUGGUGACGGGACGAUGGAAUGGGAGGAAUUCACUAGUGCUAUCAUCGAAGGAGGAAUGGGCUCAUCGGGUGGAGGCACCGAUGAUGUUGCUGGGACGGUGGCUCAGUUGAGAGAUCUGCAGUACGAGGAGCACCCUCGAUUCGUAGAUACAGCGGUCAAUCGUCCUCCUAAGAGGAUUGAGUAUCUACCGGAGUGUCGUAGGGUUUUACUGCUCGAAAGUUCACGUCCAGUAGUGGAAAUAUUGGACCCUACAGGAUUAUUUCCUCCUGAGAGCGAAGACAAUGGUAAGGAUGCUGGGCCAACUUCUGGGGAGAAAGAUUCGAACACAGACUCGCAUACUGAGGACUCGAUAGCUUCGACGUUCUCAUUUACGCCUACAUUGCCCGUAGUUAACAAGUUUCAUCCUCUAUGUUACGUCUCGGGUUACCGACGCGACCAGGAUGAAGUGCGGUCAGAAAGAUCUCCAGUUCAGGCUCUCAAAUAUUUAGCUGGUUUAGAUUUACUCGCAGUCUCUGCUGGAGAUCUCAAGUUGACAUUCUGGUCCUCGACUUUACUUACAGCGUGCAGUACAAGUGCAAUGGAAACGCCUCGACCAAUGGCAAUCGUGCACACUCCGCGCCCUCAACGUGUACUCGAGUGGAGCGCCAAUACUCAACAACUCUUCUCCAUCUCAGCAGACUUGAUGGUCUCAGUAUACCACGUCACCAGAUCUAAUGUCAUUAAUGCAAAGAACCGUGGAGAAUCGAGUGAUGGCACGUGUGAAGUCCGUCUUGUGGCAACGCUAAAGAAACACACAGAUUUACUCCAAGACUUACUGCUUCUUAACGACGACACUCUGUUAUCGUGUGGCAUGGACAAUAUGAUCUACCUUUGGGAUACACAUACGCUACAGACUCGCGCUUUUCGUCAGGGUCAUCGUCGUGGUGUACGGUUAUUGGUAAAGCUGUCGUCACAGGUGUUUAUGAGUGCGGGAUUCGAGUGUGAGGUCUUUGGAUGGGAGAUUUCAGCCUUAGCGACCACUCCAGUCUUCCGUCUUUCAGGUCACGGCGCACCUGUAUGUUGUAUCCAACUGAUCCCCUCCGCUGCCUAUGCUGCAGCCUCUGCUUUGUUGAAGAAUACAAAAUCUGGACUCUCCAGUAUUAGAAUGUUAGCGGAUCAAUGUAUCACUGUGGACGAUGAAGGCUGGUUCCGAUGGUGGACGCUAGCCAAUGUGCUAUCAGUUGAGAGUACAGACGCAGAAUUGAGUAGCAGUCGACGAUGUUUACAGGUUUUUAGGCUGGGUAGCGACCUGAGUCGGUACCCGUGGAAAGCGCACUCGUUGGCGGUACUUAAUAACGGUCAGAGUUUGUUAGUCGCUGGAGCGCACAAGGUUAAACUACUUCGACGUGUCCGUAUUAAACCACGAGUACUCGCAGCGAGUGCAGUGUUAUUUAACGAGGCCUCUUUAACGAUUGCGACUGCUACUGAUCGAGAGAUUCGAGUUUGGGACGCUGCUUCUGGUUCUUUGCUACGUUCAUACCGGGGACUUGUGGGUGCAGAUAUUACGUGCGUAGAUUUGGAUUCAAGACAGAGAAAGGUAAUAGUUGGAGCACAGAAUGGAGAACUUGCGGUGGUUAACUACUUAAACGGAGCUGUGUUGGGGAGAUGGACGCCUCAUGGACAGCAGGUAUCGGCUCUGCUUUACUGUAAAGAAGACCAUACAGUUCUUACGGCGUCGUGGGAUCGAUCACUGCGUCUGUAUGACGACGAUGCACCGAAAGCAGGAGGAAUUGCAGCUCAAAACGUGCUGCUACGUUGUAUAACUGACGCUCACGACAGCGACAUCAAGUGUUUAGCAUACUGUCACGCUCUAAGUCUCGUUGCCAGUGGUGGAACUGACGGUGUGAUCAAGAUAUGGGACUAUAUCUACUUCCUUCUUGAGGACACAUGCACACCACCUGCUCCAACCGGAGCCUCAUUCAACACAUCUACACAUGGAGCAUUGACAACCAGCGAAGUGAAUGUACUCGAGUUUAUUGAGCCCUAUCCUUUGCUCCUUUCGGGUCAUGAAAGUGGACAAGUGUGUAUAUGGAGCUUGACUCCUUCUAAGCCUACGGUUCUUCUCCUGUGCUUUUACCCGUUCCACAUGUCACCCGCCCGACCACCGGUACCCUUAGAGAUUCCACCAGUUCCUGCUGAAGAAUCUGAAGCUUUAAAGAACGAUACAUUGAACAACCCCGACGCCCAAAAUGAUGACAAUCGUCCUGCAUCGGAUACUUUAAUUUCUGUAGAAGUCCCAGCUCCUUCGUCUCCUCUGACGCUUGCCAAACUGAAUAGUGCGGUCACUUGUUGUCGAACGUUUUACGACGAGACUGGAGGUGAGCAAUUAGCGGCAGGAAUCGACCGCGGUAGAUUUUUACUGUUCGUUUCGAGUUUCUACGGUGAGGUGGUGGUGUGUGAUAUUUCCAAACUGAUCGCUGCUGCACAUGUCCGAGCUUUUCGAGAAAAGAACAUGCCGUCUAGACAAGAUCGAUCGUACAAUCCACGCCGUCGCUUUCUUAGACAAGGCAAGAACGCCAAACGACUUCGCAAUAAACACGUGGAUAGCAGUGCUGCAGGAAAUUCAGAAUCUAAGCAGCUUCACGUGGACGAAUCGGACGUGGUGUGUACACAUCGAUGGACUGCUCAUCGGGGCAAUGUACGAAGCUUGCAAAUUGUUGCCGAACCUCGUGGCGUGUUGACUUGUGGUAGUGAUAAAGGGGUGUACGUCUGGGACUUCCAAGGUAGACGAAUGGGUAGUUUGGCCACAGGAAUGGCUCCUCCACAGCAACCAAUUGAGAAGAAUACAGUGACAAGCUCUGGAUUGGAUAGCAAUGUUUGGCGUUGGGAAGUGGAUGUUGCGAGUGCUGCAGCGUAUAAACGAAAGCAGGCUGAGCAAAUUUGGGGUGAAUUGAAAGCCACUAAACUCAAGACGUUAGAGUUGAAGCAACAGUCCAUAACUAUAGCCAGUCGUGAACGGAAACGAAGCAGGAUGCUCAGUAGUGUGAGCGUACCCGUUCUCAGUCAAUCUUCACGUAACUCAAGUACUCGAGAGUUGACUACGAGUGUAUCGACAAGUGCUAUUGCGUUGGCGACACAAGAGAAUAAGAUUGAUACUCCACCGGAUGAACAACAGCCAGAGGAGAAUCAUGCAACAGAUCAUACUCGAAGGCUCUUCGACCAGCUACAGGGCAAGACAACGUGGAAGAAGAGCGAUCUUCAGUUGGCAAGACAAGCAGCAUGGGAGAAGGAACGAGUCAAGUUCCAGCAGCGUAUGAAGAUGAUCAUGAAGAAGAAAGCAGCCAAGAGAAAGAAGGAGGAACAGAGCUCUACAGAUGGCAACCAGCAUGAAGAUAAAGUUUCAGGUCAUGGAGAUGUCAGUGAUUCACUUGGCAAGCUCGAGGUGCUGGGAGCAGGAGAUGCUGAUGAUCCACACAUGAUCCUGCCUACUCUACAAAACCCCGUUCAAGAACUCCCUUUCGCUGAUAAGGACAAUUGGGCUGUGGGAAGUUUGAACCGGGAGAAGCAAAUGUACGAACAUUUCCAUCGUGAAAACGUUCGUCGCACUAACAAGCAGAUAGCGGGAAGUAGCGGACUCUUACGACAAAGGCGGCUAGAGAACUCACUCGCGACGAUGGAUCUGACACCGUCAGCGUUCCUUCUCGAGAAACUCGGUGUGAGCUGUAUAAUUCGUGAAAAUGUAGAUCAGGAGAUACCCAAUCGACGUAAAGUAGCCAAGAAAAAGCCUCGCCCAAAGCGUGCUACAGCACUCACGAGAGCUCGUUCCUUGGCUUCAUUACCAGAUCGACCCAACUUAAGCGUUAACCAGGGCGCUCCGACACUAACGUCAAGCAUCAGCACAAGUGCAUUAAAGCGGCGCAGCAUCCUGUCAACGCUCUACAAGCAGUACGAUGAGUUGCUUGGCAACGAUCACGACAAUAACAGUCCACUCGCAAUUGAGGCCCAACCAACUCCUGAUAAUACAGAAUCACCUGCCAUCCCUGACGAAGAAACUCUAACUGCAACAGAAACGAUGAAUAUGAUCAAAGCUGAACCACUUCCAGUGAGUCCUAUUCCUACGCAAGACCAGCAAUCAAGCCCGAAGCCUGUUCGUCGGCAUCCAAAGUCAGCGCUCACGACAUCAGAUCGCGGUAUAAAGCUCCGUCAAAACACGCCUUUAUCCAGCUCAGCUGGAGCUGUUCGCUCUCCAGCAAAGUUUCAAUCACCCAAAAAAGAGCUCAAAUCGGCCAAGAAGGUGCGUAUCCGCUCGGACGCGGCGCUUAUGCGGCAGGAACGCUUCGGUCAGUACUCGCGCGAUGAUAUCGUCAAUAUAUACCGCACGUUCCGUAAGCUGGAUCAAGAUGGGAGUGGCGCCAUUACGAUACGUGAAAUAGUGGGCGGUAGUGGACUCUUCUCUGGGACUCAUAUGCAGGACAACAUUGGCAGUAUCUUCAGCAGCAUCGACAAGGAUCAAAGUGGACUUAUCGACCUCGCGGAGCUUUGUACUGUUGUGUUCGGAGACGCCCCUCCCGAAGUUCUAGAGGAAAUUCUGCGCUUGUGUAGACUAUUGGAAACUGUCGAGAAGAACCGACGCGCGAGGAAGAAGACGCUGACCGCUGAGCAAGUACAGGAGCUCCAACAGCUCUUUAGGCUCUACGACACGGACAAUAAUGGUGACAUCGAUGCUAGCGAAUUGUUCGAGGCUCUACGUUAUAAUGACCGGUUCUAUGAGAGUGAUCGUCGUGGAUCGACACAGCUUACGAAGGAGGACGUCGCACGUAUUAUUUCGUCUUUCGAUGUGAACGCUAACGCCACUCUCGAUCUACAAGAGUUCAUUGAACUGUUCCGUGAGGACGCCUAG